AUGGGCAUUUGGAUCAUUCUCGGUCUCAUUUUCUUCCUGCCGCUGGUCAUGUUCAUUGCCUGGAUGGCCUUGUCUUCCUGCCUUGGGGACAGCUUGCGAGCCACCAUCGCCGGUGCAUCAAUGAAUCCGCGCCAGGCCUCCUUUGGCCGCAGCUACGCCAGAGGUCUUGGCUCUGGCACCGGCCAAGCUGGCUGGGAACAGAUCGAGAUGGAGGAAAUGCUCGACCACGUCGAAGACUCCGAUGGGGAACCCUAA